CUCACCAAGGGCAAUUUUGUCAUUCACCAAACUAUUCCUCACUAUAAAAGCCACCAUCUCCUCCUCAAUCAACUUUAGCUCCAACGCCAUCCAAUAGAAAACAGAAAGAGAGAAAGAGAACACUCCCUCCUCCAUCUCUCCGGCCGCCGGAAUCUCAAGAUUCCGACCAAAUAUCUCAAUACAAAGCUCUCAAUCCAUCAAUUGAUCUGAAUAACCUUAGGAUUACCGUGGUGGUGGUUCAUGAUGGGGUUUUCCUUGUUUCCGAUGAAGACAUCCACAAGGCUUCUGUGGAGUACGAGCUUCUUCCGUCACAAGAUUUUCUUCUUCUUCUAAGCAAACAUCCAUUCUUAAAUAAAGAGAGAGUAUACAUAUAUAUAGCUCUAUAAGUUUGUGAUACUAGGUUUCGAGAACCAAAGAUCUUGCAGUGGUUUGGUCUGGUCUGAGACAUAGCAAGUCAUGGAUUCAGGCCGUUUGAUUUUCGAUUCUUCUUCUUCCCACCGUGGUCACAUGCUCAUCCUUGGCGGAUCGGGGAACUCGAUCUUCCGAGGGUCGAGAUCGUUGCUUGGAAUGGAGGACGGUGUCAGCAAGCGCCGGCCCUUCUUCACCUCUCCAGAAGAGCUUCUGGAGGAAGAGUACUACGAUGAGCAACUUCCCGAGAAGAAGCGCCGCCUCACUCCCGAACAGGUACACAUGCUGGAGAGGAGUUUUGAGGCGGAGAACAAGCUGGAGCCAGAGCGCAAGAGCGAGCUGGCAAAGAAGCUCGGGCUGCAACCGAGGCAGGUGGCCAUCUGGUUCCAGAACAGGCGUGCUCGCUGGAAGACCAAGCAGCUCGAGAGGGACUUUGACCGACUGAAAGCGGCCUAUGAUUCCCUCUUGGCUGAUCAUGACUCCCUCCUCAAGGACAAUGAUCGGCUUCGCUCUCAGAUUACCACCAUGAAUGAGAAGCUCCAAACCAAGGAGCCCACGGUGGUGGAGCCCGUGGCUGAGUCCACAUCAGGCAAGACCACCUCUCCCAUCACAAACAUGCAAGCUGCCAAGGCAGAGGACCACCUGAGCACUGGGAGCGGAGGGAGCGCGGUUGUUGACACUGACGCCCAGCAGCUUGUCGACAGCAGCGGAGAAUCCUACUUCCAUGAAACCUUCCACGGAGACUGCAUCAUGGGCUCCGCUGUCGACGGUGGUGGGGUCCACUCUGAGGAGGACGACAGAAGUGACGAUGGCUGUAAUUAUCUUCCGUUUGGGGAGAACCAUCAUCAUGUUGUUGAUAACUGGUGGGGUGUCUGGAACUGAGUUGAGUAAAGUCUUGUUACAUGCUACUUUUCUCCGAUCAUGUCAAUUUCGACUGCCGUUAAUGUGUAGGUAUGUUGGCUUGUAUGUGUAUUUUCAUGAUAAUUUGGUCUAUGGUGAGGAAUAAGUAUGUGAUGCUUAGAGAUGAGACUCUAUCUAGGCUUCAUAUGUUGUGAUUACUGUUGUUACUACUCAAGCAUUGUGUCAAAUAGAAGAGAUUAUGGUUAUACUUUUGGGAAA